AUGUUAUUGAGGCGCCUCAUACGUCGUUGGUUCUUCCCGAACUUCCCUCUGUCGGUCCCUCCGGUCCCUCCUGGAGGCGGAGCCGAGCAACCCGCCGUGUUACCCUGGAGGACCGGAGCCGCUGCUGUCACUGAUGCUGCCGCCGCUGCCGCAGCAGCAGCUGCUGCCAAACCUCCACAAUCCUCGGCCCUGCAUCUCUCUCCCUCAGCCACUGUUAGGGGGGCCCAUGUGAAGGCCUGCGCUGCUGUAACUGGAAGGGUGGUUCAACCUUGGGUUCCUAUUCCCAGCAACUUCUGUCGUGGGCUAGGCAGCCAGACCGACAUUGCAAUUGCAGCGUCAGCACAACCACAAACGGCGACGAUAGCUGCUUCUGAUUCUCCCGCAUGCAUUAAGGCGGUAUCCUUUGAAGGACAUCCUGGCCUGGCGGGUGAUGGUCAGAACGCAGAUGCAGCUUACUUGGAGCCCGCUGCCGGUCUGGUAGAGGUGGAUAUCAAACGGGACCAGAAGCGCUUCCUGCGAAUGUUAGGCCCGUUACGAGAAGCUGUCCUUGCACGUAUCGCUGCCUGCGCUUCCAAGGAGGAGGCGAAGGCCCUAAAGGAUUAUUAUUCUCGUGUCAUUGACUACAACUGCACGGGUUGGUUAAAGGGCGAAGGCGGGGGGGCGGCUUUGAGUUCUGUGAUGUGCUCGCUUCCACAUGCAGGAGGAAAGCUGCUGCGAGGGUUGUUGACCGUUUACGCAUCGCUAGCUGCCAACCGAGAAGUUCAGUUCGCUCAGCCUGCCGAGUCAGGUGCAGCAACAGCAGCAUCGGCUGCUGCUGCUGCUCUGCCUUCUGUCUUCCAUCUUGCAACAGCACAUGCAGGUGGCGGAGCAGCGCCUGUGUACACCGGUGCUGCGACUGCUUCUGCUGGAGCAGCAGCAGUUGAGGAAGCCUUCAAUUCCGGGGCCUGCGUGUUGGGUUGGGGGGUGGAGUUGCUGCAAGCUGCAUUUUUGGUUGCAGAUGAUCAGAUGGAUGGGGCGUACACUCGGAGGGGCAAAAUUUGUUGGUACAGAAGACAGGAAGUGGGGCCAGCGAACGCAAUAAACGACGCAGUGUUUCUCAUCUUCUCAAUUCACCAAGUGCUGAGACAGUUCCUCGGGAAGCAUCCUUCCUUCAGUGCAUGCAGCGACUUGCUACAAGAUGUUGCCUUUAACACUGUCCAGGGGCAGCACCUCGACAGUAAUGGGGGAAUAUACGCAUUGCUGCAGCCGUGCCAUCAGCAACAACAGCGACAGCAGCAGGAGGAACUGCUGCGGGUGCUGCGGGAAGGAACUACAGCAGCAGAAGCCACGCUACAGCAGCUAACUGCAGCAGCGCGUUGCAGGCAGCAAGCAACAGCAAGGUUAAAGACCAGCUACUAUUCCUUUUGGCUCCCCACAGCUCUGGGGCUUCUGUACAGUGGCGUGAGCGACCAGUCCCUCUUGGCAAAGGCCGAGGAAAUAUGUCUGUGCACGGGAGACUACUUCCAGGCGCAGGACGACUUCUUAGAUUGCUUCGGCUGUCCUGACGCCCUGGGAAAGACCGGCACAGAUAUACGCGAAGGGAAGUGCAGCUGGCUACUGGUUGAAGCCCUCGCCGCUGCAACGCCUGCUGAAGCAGCUGAGUUACUGGAAGCCUACGGCCGCCCUGGUAGAGAGGACACGGUCCGGGAAUUGUACGUACACCUCAAGGCCGAGGAGCGUUUCAAGGACUAUGAAAGCGGCGUGUGUGAGAAGAUUUUGAGGCUUGUAGAGAGGCUCGGGCAUCCAGGUCUCCAAAGCUACUUCGUGGUAUUGUUGCAGCUUCUCCACCGGCGGCCACAGUGA